AGAAGCAGCAGCAGCGGAAGAAGAAGAAGAAGGCUGUCAUGGGGGAGCUACGGGUGCUGGAGCUGUACAGUGGGAUAGGAGGGAUGCAUUAUGCUCUACAGGAGAGUGACAUACCUUCCCAGGUCGUGGCUGCCAUCGAUAUAAACACAACCGCCAAUCUAAUCUACAAGCACAACUUCCCUGACACCCCCCUCUGGAACAAGACCAUCGAGGGCAUAUCAUUGGAUGACUUCAAUAAAUUAUCUUUUGAUAUGAUUUUGAUGAGCCCUCCUUGCCAACCUUUCACCAGGAUUGGGCUUCAGGGGGACAUUACUGAUCCAAGAACCAAGAGCUUCCUCUACAUCCUUGACCUCCUGCCCAGGCUGUCCAGGCUGCCCCGCUUCAUCCUCCUGGAAAAUGUGAAAGGCUUUGAGACGUCCUCAGCCAGGGAACGCUUGGUGAAAACGCUCACGGAAUGUGGAUAUGAAUUUCAGGAGAUCAUGGUUUCCCCUCCAAGUGUUGGGAUCCCAAAUUCAAGACUGCGUUAUUUCCUGAUUGCCAAGAUUUCAACUGGACAGUUGAGCACCCAGACAAGUUUAAAGAUUUUAGAUGCCUUUCCACAUGCUGCCAAGAGUGAUUCUGCUGAGAAGCCCAAAGUUUUGAGUCCUACCUGUCAAUGUACCAGCAAACCAGAGGAGGAAAUGCAGAGUGGAGGUGUCCUGUAUAAAUUAGAGACACGAACGGAGUCACAGAGGAAGAUUGAUCAGAACAGUGAUCUGUCUGUCAGGGAGAUCCAGGACUUCUUGGAACCACAGACGGAAGUCAACAUGGAACACUAUCUGCUUCCUCCUAAAACACUGCUACGAUAUGGUCUUCUCUUGGACAUUGUUAAGCCCAAAUGCAGGAGGUCUGUCUGCUUUACUAAAGGCUAUGGGCGAUAUGUGGAGGGAACUGGCUCAGUACUGCAGAGUUCAGUGGAAACUGAGGUUGAGAGUGUGUUCAUGGGUCUGGACCAGUGUUCUGAAGAGGAGAAACUCCAGCGGUUGUCAAAAUUAAAGCUCCGAUAUUUUACCCCCAGAGAAGUGGCCAACCUCAUGGGCUUCCCUCAAAGUUUCUCCUUUCCAGAGCAGAUCUCUACCAUUCAGCGAUACCGAGUGUUGGGAAAUAGCCUCAAUGUUUUGGUCGUGUCCAGACUCCUACAGCUGCUGGUCUCGUAGCACUUUGGACGUUCUGGGGACGAGACCUUUUUGUGAGUGAGUGUGAUUAUAUAUGACUGGGUUCUCUGGCUUGUGGAUGUGUUUAAUAAUGUAUUAUGUUGUUUUCGUUGGGGAUGUUAAGUGGUCAAAUGUUGGUUACAUACAUUUCUUCCAUGGAGCUUCAGACGGUAGGUGUCUCCCUGAAUGCUUGUUUUUUAGGAGCAGAAUUCUUCUUUUUUUUAACAUUUUAAAUCUAAAAUGGUUAUUUUGUGCUGAAAUGUGUGCAGCACUCGAGGUUUUUAUAUCUAUAAGUUGAAGUCAUGAAAAUCUUGUAUUUCCAUCAUUUAUCCACAUUGUGCAUCUUUUGUUUGCCUCUCUGAUUCUCCAUAUGUAAUUUCUGCAUCAGAAUAAAUACUAUUUAUGAAA